AGGCAGAGUACAGUUUUGUGCAAGAGCAACCACAGCAGCCACCCAGAGUCCAGCAAAAUGACUUCCAGUGGAAUGAACAUGAUGAGCAAGAUCGUCUUCUACGAGGACAGGAACUUCCAGGGUCGUUCCUAUGAGUGCAUGAGUGACUGUCCCGACAUGUCCUCCUACCUGAGCAGGUGCCACUCCUGCAGGGUGGAGAGAGGCUGCUUCAUGGUGUACGACCGCUCUAACUACAUGGGCAACCAGUACUUCAUGAAGAGGGGCGAGUACGCCGACUACAUGAGCAUGAUGGGCAUGAGCGACUGGAUCAAGUCCUGCCGCAUGAUCCCCAUGCACAGGGGAUCCUACAGGAUGAGGAUCUACGAGAGGGAGAACUAUGGAGGCCAGAUGUAUGAGCUGAUGGACGACUGUGACAGUGUCAUGGAUCGUUACCGCAUGUCCAACUGCAUGUCCUGCAACGUGAUGGACGGCCACUGGCUCAUGUAUGAGCAGCCCCACUACAGAGGCAGGAUGAUGUACAUGAGGCCCGGCGAGUACAGGAACUUCUCCAACUUCGGCAUGAGCGGUAUGAGGUUCAUGAGCAUGAGGCGCAUCAACGAGUCCUGGUAUUAGACUCUUUGCACUGAAUAAAACUGUCAUAACCUA